GAAGUCAAUGUGGGGCAAACUGUUCUUUCUUGACUCUUUCUCCAAGCUUGACUAAAGAGACUUCCACAGUUUCCAUUAAAGAGAUAAAACUCUUCCUCCAGCAUCUCCCCUCACAACUAUCCAUUUUCCAUUUUCUUGUAAACAUAUUUAGCCUCAAAAAAAAAAAAAAAAAAUCCAACAAAAUAUUCAAAUCAACUAUGGAGAUUGACUCAGCCAGUAGUACUAUAUCAAAUUCUUCUGUUAAAGAUAGCCUCCUAGUGAAGCAGGAUCAAACAUCUCGACCAAGAAAGAAGUUAAAAUUCAUCAUCAGUUUAAUCAUCAUUUUCACUCUCAUAAUCGGAACCAUAAUCAUGGUUUUCACCAUAAUGAAGAGAAACUUUGAUUUGAAGUCACCAGCCAAGAAUCCAGCCAUGGCAAUCAAAUCCAUCUGCUCAAUGACUCGGUAUCCAUCUACAUGUUUCAAAUCCUUAUCUCCUCUUUACAGAAACAAACCAUCAAUAUACAAAGUCAACGCAUCUCAAAUUAUGUUUUUUUCCCUUCACACAGUUAUAGACGAACUCAGUAAACUCUCUACACGUUUAUCAGAGUCAAAUGAUAAACACUGCGAACAUAUGUUCAACAACUCUGUUCAUUACUUGAAUGGUUCGUUAACGACUUUGGAUGUUGAUUUAGGUAAUGAACAAAGCUUCGUUAUAUCGAAAAGCUUGAGAGAAUUAAAGGGUUGGCUAUACAGAGAAAGUCCAAAACUUGAGGUGUGUCUGAAUAAGUUGGUAUUCGUGUAUGAAUUAAGUUCUAAAAAAACAAGAAACAGCUUAAGGAUUCUGAUCAAUAUAGAGAGUGUUUAUGGGAUGUAUUACCCAGUAAUUGGAAGCCAAAGUAUGGUGGCUUCUUUUCUGUCAGAUGUUAUGUUUGUGGAUACCAUAUGUAUCUUUGGGGUACAGUACAUUCUCUUACUACUUUUGUUUUGUCUACUUUUACGCCUAUUCAGGUAAAAUGGGUACUCUUAAUUGAUUCGAAUCACUACAGAAAAAUAGGUAAUUUGCGAGGUUGAAAGUUGCAAUUCGCGGAGG